AUUUAUUGAUAUUAAAGUGAUCCGAAAGUGAGAUGUGAUUGUUUUUCAUUGGUUGAUACAGUUAACACAUGCCAGUGCACUGUUAUUUUACAAAGUAAAAGCACUAUUGAAAACGAGCGAAGAGGUAGAAAGAAAAGAUGCUUUUUGUGUCCCUCUCAAUUCCGGCUAUAAUUAUCCAUUUUCAGUUCAUUUUUAUGUAUGAGCACUCUUAGUACCAACGAGUCCAAGAAGAAAACAAGAACAAAAACAUGAGUGACCCAACCGGCCAAUCUUCAACAACAACUGUCGGUGGAGACAACGGCGGUGGCGGCGGCAAUACCGGCGGCAGCGGUAGCUCGUUUGCUAGUCAGCCGCAGAGAGCAAAGGUGAGGAAGCAAGUGUGGGCUGGAGUUCUCGGUAUCUCUUCCGCCUCCACUAACAGAUGA